AUGGGGAAUAUGUUUGCAACGUUAUUCAAAGGCCUCUUCGGCAAAAAGGAGAUGAGGAUUUUGAUGGUGGGUCUCGAUGCAGCGGGUAAAACUACAAUUCUGUACAAAUUAAAAUUAGGGGAAAUUGUCACUACGAUUCCCACUAUAGGUUUCAAUGUAGAAACGGUCGAAUAUAAGAAUAUAAGUUUCACUGUAUGGGAUGUGGGUGGUCAAGACAAAAUCAGACCUCUGUGGCGGCAUUAUUUUCAGAAUACGCAAGGAUUGAUAUUCGUCGUUGAUAGUAAUGAUAGGGAACGUAUCGGCGAAGCACGCGAAGAGUUGAUGAGAAUGCUAGCGGAAGAUGAGCUCAGAGAUGCGGUACUCCUCAUAUUCGCAAACAAACAAGAUCUGCCAAAUGCAAUGAACGCGGCGGAGAUCACCGACAAGUUGGGAUUGCAUUCUCUACGCAAUCGCAAUUGGUACAUUCAAGCGACGUGUGCCACAAGUGGGGACGGGCUUUACGAAGGCCUCGAUUGGCUCUCCAAUCAGCUGAAAAAUGCCAACCGCUAAUCGGAGAAUUAUCCUGUCAACAUUCAGUUGCUAUAUUAACAUCAUACAAAAGAAAAAAAAAACAGCUGCACACCUGUCCCCCCAUAGGAACGAAUAAUAAUAUUAAACGCAAUGCUGACUCUACAAGGCCUCUCCGAGGAGGGACCUUAUAAGAGCGGAAGAUAGAUUAUCAUUGAAAGUUUGUCUCUGCGCUAGCAAGUUAUUGGGGGGAGAGGAGUGUGGAUAACAACAAGCGGCCGCAAGCACACGAUCGUGAAUGGCCACACAGGACUAUUGCCUUGUGCGCAACUUAUUAUUAUAAUUAUUAUUAUUACAUUAGCAUUAUAUAGUUACACUUUUUACACAGAGAUGCCACGAGAAUGUGGAAAAACUUGGAAGUAAUUAUAUUAAAGUACCUAACUCUGAAACAUACGAUAACACAUUGAUUAACAAAUUAUUAUUUAAACAAUACCUUCGAUGAGAACAGUUGAGAACGUGGAAGAGACAGAGAGAGAGAGAGAGAGAGAGAAAGACGAAAAGAACAGAAAAGAGUAAAGCGCGUACCUACACACACACAGCGUUGUCAGUUUGAAUAUGGACAUACCGAUCGUUGGACAUACCGAUUAUCAUAAUGUAGCUGCAUAUUGUACAUUACAUUAUAUAAAUACGAUAAAAUGUGAUCAAUAGAGACGAGAGAAUGUUGCUCUGUCCACUACAUCAACAAAAGUAAGCUCUCACUUCGGCCCACAACGCGGUUGAUAUACGCGAAAACGCAGAAAGUGAUUGCAGCAAGACGGUGCAAUGACUUAGUAUUUCUAGUUACGAAAGUUGGUUUAUAUUUUUUUAGUUUUCGGCGAUAGAUUUCGAAGACGAUUACGAAAACGAUGGUUAUCUCGCUAGUUGGUAGUGGCAGGUGUGCAUCCUCUUCCUUAUAUACCUGCCCGCCAUACGACUCAUAGUUAUCCAACCAUGUAUGUCUCACUAUAAACGAGAUAUCAUUUAUUUAUUGCACCUUGAUAAGGAUAAAUUAGAGUAUAUCCUCGAGAGACAUUCCGAAAUUGCGCACAGUGAACAGUGGAGAGAAAUUCAGCGAAACUCGAGAGAAAUUUAGAAAUAUGCAAAGAUUCGUCGAAUCGUCCGCGAAGAGAAAAAUAAGGCUAUGCAAUUAUUCAAAAGCCCCAGUGCUCAUGCAUUGGCGUGGCGUUUUCACGUGAACUAUUCCGACGUUAAUUCGCGGCCCUUCAAUGUCCUAACGUUUUUCCCGUAUUUCAAAUAUCGAUUCUUUUUACGAGAGAGAUACUCCUUCCCCUUAAUUUCAUUCAAUCGCAUUUUCGUCAUAAGCGAUGAUUCAUAUAAUUAUGUAUGAAUGUUUAAACAAUUUGUGAAAUAUAUUGUAAUUGUGCUUUA